ACCCUCCCCACCGUGCUGGGCGUCUUCCUCUUCGGUGUGCAGGAGAUCGGCCUUGACGCUUGCCUCAGCCAGAUGUUCUUCAUCCACUGCUUCUCCAUCAUGGACUCCGGGGUGCUCUGGGCCAUGGCCCUGGACCGCUUCGUCGCCAUCUACAACCCGCUGCGGUAUGCCUCCAUCCUGACCGGCCACCGCAUCGCCCUGAUAGGCUCAGGGAUUGCUGUGAAAAGCAUCCUUUUGCUGCUCCCGCUGCCUCUUCUCAUGAGGAGACUGCCCUUCUGCAGGGCCAACGUGCUGGCCCACCCCUACUGCCUGCACCCCAACCUGAUCCGGCUCCCGUGUGCAGACACCACCCUCAACAGCCUUUAUGGCCUGUUCGUCCUGCUCUGCACCUUUGGCCUGGAUUCCCUCUUUAUCAUCUUGUCCUACACCAUGAUCCUCAAGACUGUCCUGAGCAUCACUUCGAGAGACGGUCGCCUGAAGGCCCUCAACACCUGCGUCUCCCACAUCUCUGCAGUGGUGGUUUACUACACCCCGAUGAUCGGCCUCUCCAUGGUGUACAGAUUCGGCAGGCGGGCGUCCCCUCUGGUGCCCUCCCUCCUGGCCCACAUCUACCUCCUGGUUCCCCCGCUACUGAACCCCAUCAUCUAUAGCAUCAAAACGAAAGAAAUACUCAAGGCUUUGUGCAAAUUCUUUUCACCAAAGACCACCUAG